AAAGGGGAAAAAACGAGAAAAGAGACGGCGAAAAUUCAAUUUAUAUCCUUGAACGCAGAGCUGGAAGACGGCUAAAACAGAAGGAGCGAAGGGAUGUAUCUGAAAGCACCGUUUUGGAGCAAAGAUUCGAACUCCGAAUCUCAGGCGGAUUCGCCGCCGUCAGCAGUGGCGGAGCUAAUCAGCUCGCUUGAAAGGCAAAGAGUAUACAGGGAGGUGACACUCGCACUGCGCACAGGACUCAGUGAUGCACGUGCCGAGUUCUCCUUCCUCCGCAUUCGUGGCCUCCGCGUCAUCCUCAAGUUUCUCCGAUCCGUUGCCGAGUCCGACACUACCAUCAACCUCUUCUGUCACAGCCAAUCCAUUCCCGAUCUUCAAGUGGUUCCAGUUCUUUUCAAACAUUCCUUGAGAGAUAUAGAGGACCAGAGUGUAACCAGUCUAGACCACAUAUUUACUGUGGAACCUAUGGAAAUAACCAGUCCUUCAACUGAUUCUGAAGUUGCCCUAGCGCUUAGAGUUCUGGAAGGUUGUUGUCUGCUUCAUCGCGAGAGUAAUGUUUUGGCCCAUCAACACAAGGCAAUCCCGGUUUUGAUGAACAUACUAUCAAUCCGAGGAGUACUGGGACAAGGUGCAUGCUUGGAUGCUUUGAUUGCUAUAAUGCUGGAUUCAUCUGCCAAUCAGGCGGAUUUCGAGGCUUGCAAUGGCAUUGAAGACGUCGCUAUACUGAUUAGAGACAAACAAGUAGACGAAAAUUUGAGGCUCAAGUGUGGAGAAUUUCUACUGCUUCUGAUCGGACAUGUAAACGGGAGGGAGAGGCCUCCCAUGGCGACAAUUCAUGAAGACAUAAGGCGGUUUCUAGGUGAGAAAUCUGCAUCAUUGAUAUGGGCAGCUAGUCAAUUUGGUUCAACACUUGAUCCAGAACAGAGAUUGACAGCUUUACACAUUCAAGCUCGUAGAGUACUGGAGUCCAUAGACCUUUAUUGACGAGUAAGGCUUUCAGCAUCUUGUCAUUAUGUAAUGAGCAGAAGCCUCAGAGAAGUAGCAGUUUCACCAACAGUCUAACCUUGUAACAAGGGUCGACUAAUAGGCUAUGCAGAAGCCACAAAGAGGAAGAUCCAGUUAAUUUCUGGUGACAUUAAUAUCUUACAAUGUGAAUUUUUGUAAAUUAUUUGUUCUAUACAGAAGUACAAUGCACUCUAAUGUUCUACUUUUAUUUGUGUUGUCAAUAUAUUUAGUGUUUGAUAAA